AAAAAUACGGUUUGUGAUCAUUAAUCAUGCGGUUUAAUGAUCGAAAUAAGCAUAUGGUUAUAACAUCAUAUGCAUAGGAAAAUAACUUUAAAAAUAAAAUUCAUUCCAAAUCUCUGAUUUAUUUAUUGCUUUCAAAACCUUAUAGAUCAUGGAACUUAUAAUGUACUUGAAAAUCCCUUUUUUCCUCUUUUAUGUUAAUGUAAUAAAAGAAAAUAUUAAUUAAUCUGUAUUAUACAAUCUCUGAGAACUUACUUCGACAAUGAAAUCUGAAAACCAACUUGUAAAAACGUACUUGAUAAAAACUACUUCAUAUCCAUUUUAGAUACUGCAAUGGGAAUUCAUGUAGGUGCACAAGAGAGAUUUCACGAAAUUUCACAAGAUCUUCUGGAACCUGCGAAAGAAGUAACGGAGCUCAUGGCCUACAGAAUCUCUCAACCAUGGCUUUGGUAUGAUACUAUAUUCUACCGCACUUCCUAUGGUCGAACGUUUCAGAAAGCUGAGAAAAUUAUACGUAAUUUCUUUAAAAGGGCCAUCCAUGAAGGCAAAGAUAUUUUAGAAGCAAAGAAAAGAAAUACUAAAUGUGUUCAACAAUCUGAAAAUAAAAACAAAAUCUUUUUAGAAAUAUUGUUGGAAGAAUAUGCUAAGAAUGAAAAUUUUACGUACAAUGACAUUGAGGAUGAAGCACUGACCUUCAUAUUUGGCGGAUAUGAUACAUCGAGUACAGCUUUAAAUUGGGUUCUAUGUCUACUGGGCCAACACUCUGACAUUCAGGAUAGAGUAUCCCAAGAAUUAUAUUCCAUAUUUGGAGAUGAUAAAACAAGAGAGGUUACAAUGGAAGAUGUGAAGAGUUUGGUAUAUCUAGAACAAGUUAUCAAGGAAACUCUUCGACUCUAUCCAUCUGUACCUCUGAUAGGAAGAGAAAACAAAGAAAGUAUUAAAGUGGGAAGAUAUGAAGUACCACACUGGAAUCAUAUAAUUGUUUUAAUCAACAUGCUUCAUAGAAACCCUGAAGUUUUUCCUAAUCCGGAAAAGUUUGAUCCAGAUAGAUUUUCUGCUGAAAAUUCGUCAGAGCGAGAUGUAUUUUGUUACUUGCCCUUCUCAUGUGGAGUUAGAGCUUGCUUAGGUUCCAUAUAUGCAAUGAUGGAAAUGAAGAUUAUUUUAGCGCAUGUUCUUCGAAACUUCAAAGUUACAACUCUGGAUCCGUUGGAUAAGGUAAACAUGAUGAUGACGGUGACUCUUAGGUGCUUGAAUACACCACGUUUACGUUUCUCCUUCCGCACAUGACAGACUCUUUUUAGCGAAACUUGAAAUCCAGCCAGAAUGUAUGGCAGUAUCAGUCGCAACUUCACCCAAUAUUGUUUCCAAACACUUCUAAUAACUUUCCUGUUUAAAUAAAAUCCUUAAAACACUUACAAAAAAGUUAUCUAAAAGUGCGUUGCAAUGUUUGUGGAUGUUAACUCACGAACAUGUAACUCCAAGCAAUAUUUAUCCUGUUUGAAAUGUAUAAGCACUGUUCUCAAUAGAAUGGAAUCAAAAGGUAUUAACAUUUUAAUAUAUAGUAAUGGAGGUCAUUUAAAAUUUUAAGAAUUUUCAGUUAAGCUCUGUCUUUGAUACUGAGUGGUUUAAGUAGGUAUAUUUAUUAUUGUAAUGCUUUAUAUUUUUAUUUGAAUUUUACUUGUACUAUUCAGUAUUACUCUUUUUUUUAUAAUUUUGUAGCUUUCCUUCAUUAUAUUCUUGAUGUACAACUAUGGAAUUACUGUAGGAGUUUACUUUGCCAAAUACUUUCUAUCUACCUCUUGUACUAGAAUGAUCUCAUUGAUUCCAAGGCAUUCAGAUCUUCUAAAAUUGUCACGUGAACGAGGAAUGUGCCAUCCCCACUGACUACAUUACAAUAAAAAUGUUUCAUUUUAUCCAUGAAAUGUUGAAUGUUAUAACUAUCUAGCUUGCUUAUAUAUCCAAUAAAUAUUUUAUUAUAUUCUG